GCUGUCUGCUCGUAUGUUCAAGCAGAGCGUAGGCAGGACUCUCCUCCGUCAGCCUUAUGCACGCAGAGCCAUGUCUGAGCAAGUCAAGGGCCAAGUCAUCGGCGUGGAUCUUGGCACGACCAACUCUGCAGUGGCUGUGAUGGAAGGCGCGACGCCUCGUAUCAUUGAAAACAGUGAAGGUGCACGUACAACUCCUUCCGUCGUGGCGUUCACAAAAGAUGGCGAGCGCCUCGUCGGUGUUGCUGCUCGUCGUCAAGCAGUCGUCAACCCGGAGAACACGCUGUUUGCCACCAAACGUCUCAUUGGUCGGCGAUUUGAUGAGCCAGAGGUGCAGCGCGAUAUCAACCAAGUGCCAUACAAGAUUGCAAAGCACAGCAAUGGUGAUGCUUGGGUCGAGGCACGUGGCCAAAAGUACUCUCCCUCGCAGAUUGGUGGAUUCGUGCUUGGUAAGAUGAAGGAGACUGCCGAGGCUUACCUCAACAAGCCUAUCCAAAAUGCUGUUGUCACUGUUCCUGCUUACUUCAACGACUCGCAGCGUCAGGCGACUCGUGAUGCCGGUGCUAUCGCUGGUCUGAACGUGCUCCGUGUGGUCAACGAGCCUACGGCUGCUGCUUUGGCGUACGGUCUUGACAAGGAUACCGACAAGAUUGUGGCUGUAUACGAUCUCGGUGGUGGUACUUUCGAUGUCUCCAUCCUGGAACUGAACAAGGGUGUGUUUGAGGUCAAGUCGACCAACGGAGACACUCACCUCGGUGGUGAGGACUUUGACAUUGUCCUCGUCAGGCAUAUUUUGGAGCAAUUCAAGAAGGAUGAGAACAUGGAUCUCUCCAAGGACCGUAUGGCCAUUCAGCGUAUCCGCGAGGCUGCUGAGAAGGCCAAGAUUGAGCUCUCCUCUACUGUUCAAACUGAGAUCAACCUUCCAUUCAUCACCGCCGACGCAUCAGGACCCAAGCACAUCAACACCAAGUUGACCCGUGCUCAAUUCGAGAAGCUCGUAGAGCCAAUGAUCAAGAAGACCAUUCAACCAUGUGAGAAGGCUAUGAAGGAUGCCGGUGUGAGCAAGUCUGAGAUUCAAGAAGUCAUUCUUGUUGGUGGUAUGACACGUAUGCCAAAGGUCACUGAGGUCUGCAAAGGCAUUUUCGGUCGUGAUGCAAGCAAGUCUGUCAACCCUGACGAGGCUGUUGCCAUGGGUGCCGCUAUUCAGGGUGGUGUGUUGUCAGGUGAGGUCAAGGACAUCAUCUUGCUCGAUGUGACACCACUUUCGCUCGGUAUUGAGACGCUCGGUGGCGUCUUUACCCGUCUCAUCAACCGCAACACCACCAUCCCUACCCGCAAGUCGCAAACCUUCUCGACUGCCGCUUCUGGUCAAACUGCCGUCGAGAUCAAGGUAUUCCAAGGUGAGCGUGAGCUCUGCAAGGACAACAAGUUGCUCGGUAACUUCCAGCUUGUCGGUAUCCCACCUGCGCCCAAGGGUGUUCCUCAGAUUGAGGUCACCUUUGAUAUUGAUGCUGAUGGUAUUGUCAACGUUGCUGCCAAGGACAAGGCCACCAACAAGGAUCAAAGCAUCACCAUUGCCGCAUCAUCCGGUCUCACAGAGUCUGAGAUUCAAAAGAUGGUGGAUGAAGCUGAGCAAAAUGCCGGUGCUGACAAGGAGCGCAAGGAACAGAUUGAAGCUGCCAACCGCGCGGAUAGCGUCAUGAACGACACGGAGCAGUCACUCAAGGACUUUGAGGCGCAGAUUGAUAAAACGGAGGCUGACAAGAUCCGGCAGUCCAUCACUGACUUGCGCGAGGUGAUUGCAAAGGCACAGGCUGGUGAUUCACCUGCUUCUGCUGCUGAGCUCAAGGAAAAGACGGAUGCCGUGCAGAAUGCAUCGUUGAAGUUGUUUGAGCAGGUGUACAAGAACAAGGCUGCACAAGAGCAGGAGAAGAAGCCUGAGGAGCCAAAGCAGGAGGAAGAGAAGAAGUAAAGUGUGGAACUAAUAUGGCGU